UAUCUCAGUGAAAAUUGCGGAAUACUUAUACAGGAAGUAAAAGCAAAUACCGUUGAUAUUUGAAAAGCUAAGUGAACUUUUUUGAAAUUUUGAAAAAAAAAAACAUUUGAACAUUUAAAGUGCAAGUGUCAGCAAGCAAGCUAUAAAAGUGAAUUGCAUAUUUUGCAAACAAAAAGACAGUUUGAAAGAACUCUUAAAGAAAAUAUUUUGCAAAAAAAACAAAUUUUUCGCAAAAAAGCGUGUCCAACUAACAGAGAACAAAGUGUUUUUGAAAAAGCCAACAAAUCGGCUCAAAGAACUCUUGCAUUAAUAAUUGUGCGAAAAUCACUAACUUACCAAAAGUUCAACAAACAAAACGCCAAACACAAAAAUGGAUAACUCAACGCCGCAAAAUUGCAGCAAUCAGCAAACGACAUGCUGCUCCAAGUCAGCAUCAGUUUCAACUUCGAAAAACACUACAACCUCACCCAUACACGACGAUCACAAACCCUCUUCCUACUCAUCAUCUGCAUCGUCCUCCAGCGACAGCAAAAUGCCCAAAUUCAAAACCGCACGCGAUCUGAAAACAUCGCGCGGUUUCCUCAGCUGUAUCGGCAAGCAUUUAGGCUGUCCUUUCCUCCAACAAACUUCACGACAAGCAACGCAACAACAGCGUCAUCCGUACAUCUACAACAGUCAGGAUGAUUUGCCCAGCUCCUCGACCGAUUCAUUCUCCCUGAGCUAUGAGCGCGCUUCGCAUUUGGGCUUCCACUUGACGGGCUCAAACAUCGACUUAACCCACAGAGCCGCCGAUAAUCUGGCGCAUCAGUCGAGCGUGCAGCCCAAACAGCACACACACCGCCAGCAACAUUCUCAGCACGCUUCACGCAAUACACUCUCCUCAUCGGCGUACAGCGGCUCAUCUUAUUCGCCUGCAUUCUGCUCAUUCGAUGUUGAUUGUUUGGUGGAUGCCUACAAUGGCGAUGGCGAUGAUGAAGCGGAUGUCUGCGCCUCGCUAAAAAUGUACCAUCACCAGCAUCACACAUCCGAUGCCCAUGUGGCGCAUAGUUGCAGCAGCUCAGAACACAACACCGAUACGAAUAGCAGCGAUGAGGAUGAUGAAUGUUCCACGCAUGAAGAAUGUUGCGAGCAACAGCAAAAGCGCAAAAAUAAACAUGAACAACUGCAGCACCACCAGCAGCAGCAGCACCACCAACACCAGCAUCAACAUCAGCAAAAGCAGUCCACCUCAACGCAUAGACGUCUACAUUUGAGCCGCCUCUCAAUCGCUUCGUCAGUGACACGCAUGCUAAACCAUUUCGCCAGCAGCACGUCGAUGAGGUCGUUGUCGUGCAGCAGCACACCGCUACGCUGUUUCAAGGAUGCCAAGCCGAAGGAAGCUGAUGACGUAGUGCAUUUGAAUGGCAGAAAUAAGAAUGAGGCCAAGAAGCAUAGCUUGCCGAAUACGUCGUCUGCAUCGUCGAGCGGCAGCAGGAGUAGCAGCAGUGGCAACAGCAGCAGCGGUAGUGGCAGCGGCAGUGGCAGCGGCAGCGGCGGUAGUAGCAAUCGUUCGAUGAGCAGUAACAAUAACAACCGCGCCAACAGCAGCAGCAGCAACAGCAGCAGCAGCACAGCUAAUGGCAAGAAGAAGGAGAAGAAGCAGCAGAGCAUCUUGCGUCCACCAGUGCACUACGUCUACAUGAAGGGCAUGUCCGGCCUGUAUUCGCGUGUGCCGCGCUACACUGUCUGCUCGCCCUAUGCAAUGCAUUAAAUCGAUGACAGGCGGCAGGCGGUGCGCCGAGCACGUUAGCGUAGGAUAAGAAACAAAUUUGAAAUUUGAAGAAACUGAACACAGACGUAUCGCAAAAGAGGCUGAUUAACUAAGUAUUGUAGUCAUAGACAGAAUAAGCUUCGGAGAAGCCGUUUAUUUUUCCACGUAGACAGCAAAAGACUUGUAAUUAAAAAUUCAUUAAGUAUUCGAAAUACACGUACUAAGUAUAUUUAUUGUAGUCACAAAAUAGUAGCAGUAAGUUUUUAGGCGUAAGCAGGCAGUUGUUUAGGUUCGAAUUAAGGAAGUAAAAAAAGAGAAAAUAAUAAUUGGAAAUCGUAGUGCCUCGAGUUAAUGAUAUGAAAGGUUAUCGAAUAAGAUUAAAUGUAUUUAUGUGAGUCUAACUGA